AUGGUGACAGCAGCACGGACACAUCGGACGAACGCUUUGGGUGUCGCUGCACGUCUAUCUAUCUAUCUAUCGAUGCGUUUUGUGUGUUUGGGUGGUGUUCGCUGGCUCGAUCAGUACGUACGUAUCAAUGAGAGCGCCGUGCAGCGCUGUGGCUACAACAACCACAAGGCAUCGGAGGAAACAUCAAUUGCUUGCACGGCUUUGUGA